AUGAGCAAAUCAAAGAAAUCAAAGACAAAUGUUACUGCUUCCUCCAAACAAACUGCCGAAGACCAAGAAACUCAGAGAUUUGAAGAAGCACAACAAAUUCUGAACACACCCAAUGUGGUCACCUGCGUCAAGAAAGCUGAAGAACUGGUUGUGCUCUGUGGUCCUAUCUACUACAAACUGGUGGUGGAAUUCUGGAAAAAUGCAGUUUGCAACGACUACUACGUCGUUUCCCAUGUGCUGGAUAGGAAGAUUGUGAUUUCAGAAGAGUCCAUUGCAAAGCUGCUGGGUAUAGAGUUCCAACAGGGAAAAAGGAUCAAAAACGUUGAUGCUAAUGUUCCUGGCAUGAGGAAGCUUGUCAAUUUUGCUAUUUAUGACAAUUGGUCCAUGGAUAGGACCAAGUAUGCUAUAAAGGAUCUGAAGCCCAAGAUGAAGAUCUGGCAGAAGAUUUUCAUAUCCUGCAUCCAUCCCAGAACAGGCGGAACUGAUUACCUCAAUGCAACUCAGAAGGUAAUCAUGUACUACAUUUCUAGGGGUGAGCCUGUAUGUCUGCUAUUUCUGCAUUUCAACUAUCUGAAGGAAUGUGUUGAGAAGUCAAGAACUACUGGAAUUGAGAACAAGAGGUCUAUUUCUUACAUUCCUUAUGGAAGGUUACUCUCAGAUAUCUUCACUCAGAAUCGACUGGUCAAAACUCUUUUUGAUCUAGGACUUCAUGAUGAUUUGGCGAUGUCCAUUGGAGAUGCUCUCAAUGGAACUAAGCUGAAGAGAAUGCAGAUUAUUGAGAAAGUUCAGAUUGAACCGAAAGAAGAUACAUCUGAAGAGGACAAUCCAGCAUGCAUUCUGGAGUAUGUGAGAAUGCUCAGAAGAGAAGGAGAUCCAAUCACCCUUGAAGAAUUUGUCAAAAACCUUCCUGAUAGUCCUCCUGAGAUGGAAACAAGAAAAUCCGAAAGAGUAACAUGCAGCAAGCCUUCAGAUCCUAAGGGCAAAGGGAUUCUGAUAGAGGAAUCUAAAAAGAAGAAAGUUGCAUCCAAGUCAGUGGGCAUCAGGGAACCCACUCCAGAAAGUCUUCCUAAGAGAACUUCAAUGCAAUCAUCUCAACUAUCUGAGUCUGAAAGCUCUGAGAACUCCUUGGAAGAUUCCUCAAGUGAGGAGACUGAAGAUGAUGAUGUUCCCCUGGCCAAGAGGCGAAAAGUUCUUUUUGAGGAAGAAGAUGAGCAGGAUGAUUGUGAGAUCAUUGAGAAUGUGCUUCAGGAGUUCUCUGAAGAGGCAACCAGAAGAUUGCAAUGGUUAUAUCAGGUCACUGAUAAUCAGUUUGAUGCUUCAUUUGUUGAUGAAGAUGCUGAGAUGAUUCCAGCAGAGGGUGCAGAAGACAGCUCUGACAGAAUAGUCAUUUUGGAAAAUGCCGAUGUUGAUGAAGUUGAGAAGCAAGUGCUAAUUCAAGUUGAUACUGAAAUUCCAUUAGAGGCAGAAGUUCCUACUCCUGCUCAAGCUCCAGAAGUUGCUACUCUUGCUGCCAGGAUAGACAGAAUUCAAGAUGAUCAGCAGAGGCUGUUUCAAAUGGUUGCGCAACAAGGACUUGUUCAGAGUGAACAAAGUCGACAGAUUCAGGAAUCCUCCAGCAGAAUGGAAGCCAUGAUGAAGUAUUUGAUCGAGAAUCUUCCCUCUUCAUCAAAGCCUUGA